AUGUCGUACCCAUCACCCUCCGCCUCCAACCCGUCACUCGCUACGUCGGCCUAUAUGGUCUCCUCUGUAGACAACAUCUCAGAUGAUGAAGUCGCCUCUCUUCCCUCAGAAUCUGCCUCUUCCUCGGACCUAGAUAUCUUCUCAGAUGACUACUCUGACGCCGAGGAGGAAUGGCGAGAAAGCAUUGAGCAGUUGGAGCUCCUCUUGACCAUGGUCGUCGUGCCCUUCGUGGGGAAGUACCUGGGAAGGAAGUGUGCCUACUGGAGCUGGACCAGAUUCAUGGAGUGGAAAUACCCUGUUGAGGUUGUCGUCAAAAACCAGGCGGCAUUCAAGGGAGCAGGCGCCGUUGCAGCUCUUGCUUCCCUAUGA